AUGAAUUCCCUCAGAUGGCUCAGGCCGGCAGCCCGGCGAAUCUCCGUCGCAACGACCAGAAACAACUCAAGUAGACCAAAUCUAACUCCGCCACGGGGGUGGACACCAACGCCAUUCGUGACUGAGACUGUGGAGCGCAUAGUCUGCCUAAAUGGAGAAGUCGACGAAACCCUUUCCGCAUCCAUCGUUGCCCAACUCCUCUUCCUCGAAGCAGAUAACCCGGAGAAGCCAAUCCACCUCUACAUAAACUCACCCGGAGGAUCAGUAACAGCCGGUCUUGCCGUCUACGACACAAUGACAUACAUCUCCGCCCCAGUCAGCACCAUCUGCGUCGGCCAAGCGGCCUCCAUGGGCUCCCUCCUCCUCUGCGGUGGCCACCCCGGAAAGCGAUUCUGCCUCCCCCACUCCUCCGUAAUGGUCCAUCAGCCCUCCGGCGGCUAUUUUGGACAAGCGACAGACAUUGCUAUCCACGCCAAAGAGAUCCUCCGACUUCGUCGUCAGCUUAACGAGAUUUUUAAGAGACAUUUGAAGAAGGAGAUGUCGCUGGAUGAGAUUGAGAAGUGGAUGGAGAGGGAUUAUUUUAUGGGGGCGAAGGAGGCGUUGGAGAUGGGGAUUGUGGAUGAGAUUUUGGAUCGAAGGAUAAAGCCAAAGGUGGAGGAUGGGGGAAGGGAUGGUGGGAAUGUGGUAACGCCAUAG